AUGACGAGAAAUUUUACAAAGAUUGGAAAAAAAAUUGUAGCAGUAGCAAGAAACUAUACUGAACAUGCCAAAGAGCUUUCCAAUCCUGUACCAAAAUCCCCGUUUUUCUUUUUAAAACCAACGACAUCAUACGUGUUACAAGGUGGAAAUGUGGAAAUUCCUAAAGGAUGUGUUGUACAUCAUGAAGUUGAGCUGGGCGUCGUUAUUGGCAAAGAUGGACGUGAUAUUCCUGCGUCAAAAGCUUUUGAUUAUAUUUCUGGUUACGCGCUUGGCAUUGAUUUGACAGCUCGUAAUCUCCAAGAAUCAGCAAAGAAAAAAGGAUAUCCAUGGACAACAGCAAAAGGAUUCGACACUUUUCUUCCGAUUGGAGACUUCAUUCCAAAAGAGGCGAUAACAAACCCGUCAGAUGUGAACUUAUGGUUAAAACUGGACGAUGUGAUUAGGCAGAACGGAAAUACCAAAGACAUGAUAUUUCCCAUUGAAACAUUAAUCGAGCACGUUAGUUCCAUAAUGAAGUUUGAAGCAGGCGAUUUACUUUUGACCGGUACUCCUGAAGGCGUAGGGCCUGUGAAUCCAGGACAGAUUAUCACGGCAGGACUGAAU